GAAAGACCUCAAUUGUUUUUAUCCGUGGUUACCAAAUUUAAUAAGUGCGUUUACUCUUUGAUUUCAAUUUUCAAUCUUUCUAACAGAUCAUAACUUUUGACGGAAAAAUAAAAAUAUGAAUAUGAAAAAUAUCUUAACGGAACAGUGCAAAAAUCGAGCAUUUGUCCCAUCAGAUUCGUCGUAUGGUUCAAGAAACUAUGACCCAGGCGUCCUGCAUCCCGAACAGAAAGAAAAAUUUAACCAAUACAAAAUCGUUUUGAGGCUUGAGAAUGAAGCGUACAUGCACAAUCAUCCGGAAAUUAGAGGACUCGUAUCAAUAAUGCUAAGGCACUUUCUGGAGAAAAAACCAUCAAGAGGCGAGGAAGUGCAGGAGCUCUGCGCUGCAUAUUUCGGAAGGCCGCGCGGCACAAUCGCCGCGGAGCUGCUGGAUUACCUUCUGGAAAUAAAACAGCAGGGUGCAAUCGUGGCGGAGCUGAGAAGAGAAGUAGCCUCUACUGCGACCGAAGCAGUGGAAAAGCCGCUAGAUCCCGAAUACCGACAAUGAUCGGCAAUGGCAGUAGCCGAGGCGGAGAGAGCGGCGUACGCCAACGCAAAAAUAAAAAGAGAGUCCGUUAGAAGGAGAGGGCAACAGAGAGAAAGCGAGGGGGAAGAAGAGCAAGUGCAAGUGUGAGCGAAAAAGAGAAAGAAAAGUCGUGGCGUGCUGUUUUCGGAGCUUUAAAAGAGCUUAGGAAAAGAUUGACCUGAAAAAAAACAUAACAUAAAGGCGACGAAUAACCGUAAAAUGAAGUACCCCAAGCGCAUCGUAUAUGCAUGAGGAUACUGAGACGCGACAAAAGUGCAGAGGGUGAAUGUUUUCUCAAAUGAAAUCUGCCUAUAAAAUCCAUAUGUAAUGCUAAAUUUUAAAUAACAAAAUAACCAAAAAUAUUAUCAAAAUCUUAAA